AUGGCGUUGCGACCCAUAGAUAAUGCACUUCCCAUCAUACCAGACAGUCUCAGACCCAAGAAACAAGCCAAAGUGUCGAUUCAACCCCAGAAAAAAGCUUCCGAGAUCAGCGUAAACGAUGAGAACAAAGCUCCUUUACCGCAACCCAUAGAUGCAUCCGUUGAUUAUGUCGCUUCCGAGGAUCUCAAACCCUUUCAAGACCCAGAAUCAAACAUCCAAAGCUUAGUUGAAGGGUUAGAUUCGAAGGAUUGGGUUAAGGUUUGUCAGUCUUUGAACGAUGCCAGGCGUUUCUCUUUAUAUCACCCAGGUCUACUGCUUCCAGUCCUAGAGAAGGUGAUGUUGGUAGUGGUAAAGUCAAUGAAGAACCCGAGAAGUGCUCUUUGCAAGACUUCGAUUAUGGCUGCUUCAGAUAUCUUCAAUGCCUACGGCGAAAAAUUGCUUGAUUCAACUGAUUCCACUGCAUUUGAUCAGCUGUUACUGCAGUUGUUACUGAAAGCUUCUCAAGACAAGAAGUUUGUGUGUGAAGAAGCCGAUAAGUCGCUGACAGCAAUGGUUAACUCCAUUGCUGCUUUACCUCUGCUUCAAAAGCUCCGCAGAUUUGUUAACCAUGGCAACCUUAGAGUCAGAGCCAAAGCUGCAGUUUCCAUUUCCAAUUCUGUUUACAAAAUGGGAUCAGAAGAAAUCAAAGAGUUCGGGUCAGUUACCUUGCUUCAAAUGGCUUCGGAUUUGCUAAACGAUAGGCUGCCAGAGGCCAGAGAAGCAGCAAGAAGCAUUGUACUUUCAGUAUACGAGGCAUUUACAGAAUCCGAAAAGCUGGAUACGGAGGAGGAUUGGCAAAGCUUUUGCCAGUCAAAUUUAUCAACGAUUCAAGCUCAGUCAAUGAUCAAAGUCGUUUCUUCCCAGUAAGAGUUCAAAGUAGAAGCUUUAGAGAAGCAGCACAUAUAGUAGAAUAACACUAUGGGAUUGACCUUCUGUCAUGUAAAUGCUGUUUUUACAUGGUUUCUAAGUAGUCUACUAUUUGCUAUAGAACUCUUGUUUCCUACACUCUGUUCUUUUUCAAUGAUGGAAUAAACACAAGCAUUUCAAGCA